AUGGCUGAUGAAUUGUGCAAUGAUGAAGCUCUGACAAGUGUUGAAAAUAUGUACCAAGUGACUAUGUUAGAAAUCAUUAACAGAGUGAUUACAGAACUUAAUGACAGAUUUGAAUCUUUGAAUAAUGUAAACAGUAUGUUUGGGUUUUUGAGUGGUGUUAAAAUUGAAGAAAUGCAGACAGCAGAUCUAAAAAUUAAAGCCGAAAAUUUGGCAAAUAUAUACUCAGCUGAUCUCAACAUUGAUGAAUUCAUAAAACUGUACUACCAGAUAUUUGAUUCUAAAUGGUCACAGUCGAUGUUUUUGGCUCUUCCUCGUAAAAACUGUGAUCCAAAUUUGGCGACAAGUCUGGAUCCAACUCUGCCGGCGGUCGGACUAGCAUUACCAACAACGCAAUCGAAUGCAUGUACAUAA